CUCAGCUGUUCUGUUGUUGUCGUAACAGGCCGCUGUUUUGGCUGCCUUUUUUAAUAUUGCAUUUCAACUAUUUAUAUAGAAAAUGAACAAAGUAACGUGUGCUUUUAUUAGCGUACUGCGCCACACCAACAAAUCCUACAGUUCCGCAGCGCUGUUGGGUCGCCAGCUCUCCUACAAGAGCGAUUUAUCACUGGAGAAGAUCUAUCCAAAUGCACGCUUGCAACUUUAUACGCCGCCGCCGCCCGCAGCGAGCAGCGAUGGCAAAUUCAAUGGCUAUAUACCUAUGGACAAGUUGGAUAUCACUUAUAGUCGCAGCUCGGGUCCGGGUGGUCAGCACGUGAACACAGUGAACACCAAAGUUGAUGUACGCUUUAAGCUGGCCGAGGCACAGUGGAUACCGGAGAAGACGCGCCAAAAGUUGCUCCAGGUGCUGGCCAACAAGCUGAACAAGGAGGGCUAUUUUUUCAUUAAGAGCGAUUUGACGCGCUCCCAGCAAUUAAAUCUGGCGGAUGCAUUGGAAAAGUUGCGCACGUUAAUACGCGCCCAGGAAGUGGAGCCAGUGGGUCCCAGCGAGCAGACGCUGGAAAAGCUGCGUCGUCGUCACGAGCAGGCAGCCAGGCAGCGACUGCAACUGAAACGCGAACGCGGCCAGAUUAAAGCGGAUAGACAAACACCCAGCGGCGUAGAUUUUUAAUUUCUAAUUUUGCAAAAAAAAAAAAAACAAUAUUAAACACUGUUUACAACA